AUGGCCGGGCCGAUGGCGGUACAGGCAAGUGGGAUUAUCUGUUUUGAUCUCGCCGGCCCUCGAGACGCAAGUGGCUCUCGGACGACCCGUUCGGCCGCCGUUUCUGCCCCUCCGACGCAUCCUCCGCCACCACCUCCACCUUCAGCUCCAGCUCAAACUAUGACUCCAGCCUCCAAGAAGCAGGCCGCCGGAGGGGUGGGCAGCAGACGGACUCGGAGUGGGCAACUGUCGAGGCAAGUGACCCUGUCGCCAGCACUUUUGGCACCACAGGCAUCUUUAUAUGUGUAGAUGGCCCCGCACUCUAUGUUUUACGUCACUUUGCUUGUGUGCCCCGGUGCUGGCAGGCGAGAUGCAUACCCUCUUGAUGGACACGUCAUCAGAUAUAGAAUCGGGCCUGGAGUAGAGGCGAGACGGGCGCGGACUCGAACUCGAGUCGGGCUCGUCCGAGUUUCGUCGGCUGCUCAGAAGGCGACGAGGACUCGAGAGGAUGACGCCUCGACGAGUUGGAGAUAG